UUCAUAUUUUAGGUAGUGAUGAUUGUUCCAUCUUCCAUACUUUUCUUAGCAUUUUGGAGUGUGAAAUACAAAUUUUAACUUAUAAACAAAGAAGUGAGCUAUUGAGGUCUAAAGUUAUUGAAGAUAAAAUUUUGUAGUUAUGAUGUGAAAAUGGGAUGUUGUAUAAAACGAAAAAACCUAAAGCAUUUUUGUUAUAAAUACAAACGAAAGGUUUUUACUUCAAUAGACAGACCUUAAAACCCUAGAAAUGUCCUUCUCCAUCUCCACCCGCCACCACAUACGUCGACUAUCUACGGCAGCCGCCGCCGCCGCCACCAAUGCCACGGCGACGACGUCCUCUUCUUCAUUAUCCAUCUCAAGAGCGAAGUCUAAACUUAGAACCGAGUAUGAUCCAGAUAAAGCCGUAGAAAUUUACUCUUCUGUUUCUAGUCACUACACCUCUCCUGUCACUUCUCGUUACGCUCAAGAAAUAACCAUCCGCCGCCUUGCUAAGGCCCGUCGAUUCAAGGACAUCGAAUCCCUAAUCGAGUCCCAUAAAAACGACCCGAAGAUCACUCAGGAACCUUUUUUGUCCACCCUGAUUCGAUCCUACGGUCGAGUUGGUAUGUUCGAGCACGCUAUGAGGACUUAUAAUCAAAUGGGUGAUUUAGGAACUCCACGAUCCGCACUAUCAUUUAAUGCCCUGUUAACUGCUUGUAACAAUUCGAAGCAAUUCGACAAGGUUCCCCAACUGUUCGACGAAAUGCCCAAGAGAUAUAAUUUCUCUCCCAAUAAGUUCUCGUACGGUAUCCUGGUUAAAUCCUAUUGCGACGCGGGUUCUCCUGAGAAAGCCAUGGAGAUUGUACGAGAAAUGGAGGAAAAUGGCGUGGAGGUAAAUGCUGUGACAUUCACAACCAUAUUAAAUGCUCUGUACAAGAAGGGUGACAGCGCAGAGGCAGAGAAAAUAUGGGAGACGAUGAUAUCAAAAGGGUGUGAACUUGAUGUUGGAGCCUAUAAUGUUAGAUUGAUGCACGAACAUGGUGGCAAGCCAGAGCAUGUACAAGCUUUAAUCGAGGAAAUGGCUAAUUCAGGUUUGAAACCCGAUGCAAUUAGUUAUAAUUACUUAAUGACUUGUUAUUGUAAGAAUGGGAUGUUUGAUGAAGCAAAGAAGGUGUAUAACGAUAUGGAGAUAAAUGGGUGUAAUAAGAAUGCUGCAACUUUUAGGACACUUAUUUAUCACCUUUGUAGAAAUGGGGAGUAUGAGAAAGGGUACAAGGUUUUUAAGGAGAGUGUGAAGAUGAAUAAGAUUCCUGAUUUUAACACGCUGAAGUAUUUGGUGGAGGGGCUAGUGGAGAAGAAGAUGAUGAGAGAAGCCAAAGGUUUAAUCAGGACUAUAAGGAAGAAAUUCCCUCCUGAUACUUUGAAGGCUUGGAGAGAAGUUGAGGAAGGGGUUGGUUUGGCUUCCGCUGGUGAUGAUGUUUCUUCUAAGGAUGAUGAUGAAACUAGAACAUGAGUGUUAAAUUCAGCUUUUGUUAUUGUCGUGUUUGAUGCUUUCUUCUCUGUAUCUGUAUUUACUGCUUUUUUCUUUUGGUCCCCAAUUGAAUAAGUUCUGUUUUGAAAGCAGCAGAUGGCGAACAAUUGUUGUUAUGCCUCGGCAUUGGAAGUUUAAAUUAUGAGCAGUCAUGUGGGACUUGAGGAACUAUAGAGUUUGAAAAGCACCAAGUUUUAUUCUAAUAGAUUUUGAGCCUUUCUUCUUUCAGUAUCUCUCUAAAUUCGAUUUCAGAAGUAUCUUAUUCAAUAUGUAGUCACGUUUUCUGAUUUUCAAUAUCCAAACUCUGCCCUUAUAUUUGUCAAAAAGAUACUUUAUGCAACAGUAAGUAUAUCCGACUAAAAAUACCAUUGUAGACUUGGUAAACUGAUGUUUAGUGAUGGAUGGAUGUGUUGAGAAAAGAAGCAGUAUAUCAAUCAUGCUUUCAAAGUACAGAAAGUAAAAUGAAAUGGAGUCAAGAUUAGAGAAAUCUUCAAGCCUUUUUCUUUGUAGCAAUUGAUGGUCCAGCACCGUGGCCGGUGGUUGUAGCCUUGUUGCAACGCGGCAGCAACCCACGAAGCAUGGCGAGAACUCCCACCGCCAAAAAAGGGAAAUAUAUAGUCAACAGUAUACCAGAUGCUCUCUGUGAACCAAUCAAUUCAGCAGCUAUAGCAGCCUGAGAAGAAGGAAAGUGUAAAGCUUACUCUUCCAUUUUCAAAGAAGUAGAAUUGGAAAACAAUGACAAGGAAAAGUAAGAUACCAUAGCAGAGAAGAGGGAGACGCCAUAGAUCAAACAGGUUGUGUGCAGCCAUGACUUCGAAGUGGGGAUGGCGUAGAGGUUGAGAAGCGUGAGUGGCCAUUGAAGAAGAAGCUCGAGCCAAAGCAAGCCGACGAAAAAGGGAGGGAGAUCGGCCAUCAGAUAAUCUCCAGAGUGGGUAAUGUAUUUAUUUUUUAAAUGAAUGAAAAUAUUGGGGAAAAGGGUUUGAGGGAGUAAUAACUGGGCGCUGAUGAGAGGAGGUGCCAAUGCAUGUACAAGGAAGAACACAAAUAGAACUGAGUCGAAGAGCUUGAGAACAGCCCCCAUCGUUUCACUUUCCACAACUUCUUCUCUUGCCGGAAGAGACUACGGAGAUUGUCUUCUUUUUGUUUUUGAACCGUGUGAGAUUGAUUCUCAGAUGUUGACUUCUAAAGACUGCUUUUGCUAAAUAAUAUCACACACAGGUUCAUUUA